UGCGCCUGCACGCUGGUUUGCCCACCGCAAUUCAAGCGCGAAGAUUUCUUUGCACUUUGUUUGUCGGGAACCAAAUCUCGCACAAAACCGCGUGACUUCCAAAUCCCGUUCCUCUUUCAACUAUCCUCCAAGAUGCCUACAAAGAAGACCAAGACCAGGAAGCUCCGAGGACAUGUCAGCCACGGACAUGGUCGCGUCGGCAAGCACAGAAAGCAUCCUGGAGGUCGUGGUAAUGCUGGUGGUAUGCAUCACCACAGAAUCAACUUCGACAAAUACCAUCCGGGGUACUUCGGUAAAGUGGGUAUGAGACAUUAUCACCUGAAGAAGAACACAACCCACUGCCCCACCAUCAACCUGGACAAGCUGUGGACGCUGGUGAGCGAGCAGACCAGGCUCAACUAUGGCAAGAAGCCUGAUGGUCCCGCCCCCAUCAUUGAUGCCGUGCGCGCUGGCUACUACAAAGUUCUGGGCAAAGGCAAGCUGCCCAAGCAGCCUGUGAUCGUCAAGGCCAAGUUCUUCAGCCGACGGGCCGAGGAGAAGAUCAAGGCAGUGGGAGGAGCCUGCGUGCUGAUGGCAUAAAGCUCCUGUCAGUGUUUUUUGCAAAAAUAAACUGUAUAAAUGGGGACUACA